AUCCGCCGUAAAGAUCAAUUUGACCGGCGAUUAAAAAUAGCAUUCUCGUUGAGAAGAUUAUGCCCCAUUCGUAGUAGAAUAUACGUGUUCGUCAGAUGUAUUAGUUGCACUUGAAAUUUUCGACUAUGAAAUAUAUGCCGAUUUUGUUGCUAGUAUUAAUCGGGAUUAGCUUAGCUCAGAGGAGAAAUUAUUCGGGAACAGCUUGUCCACCAGGAUGCAUUUGUUAUAAACAAUCUAUAAGAUGUAUGCGUUUAGAAUUAGAGGGUGUGCCAAGGAUUUCAACCCAAACAACGCUGCUGGAUUUGAGAUUCAACAAAAUAAGCAGCUUGAAUCAAGAAAACUUUGAUGGCUGUCAUCUUAUAUCCGCACUUCUUCUUGACAAUAAUCUCCUGACAAAUUUGAAGAAUGGAACCUUCGAUGAAUUGCAUCAGUUGAGAUAUUUAUACUUGUCGAAAAAUGAUAUUAAAUAUAUCGAAUCUGGAGUAUUCCGGAAUUUGCCGAAACUUGAGCACUUGUUCUUGCAGAGCAACAACCUUCAAACAGUCAGCAAGGGAACCUUCUCAAAUUUACCGCUCUUGAAUCGAAUUUAUCUGCAGUAUAACAGAUUAGAAAGCUUACCUGCUGGAGCUUUCUCUAAUUUACCGCAGCUAAGACUUCUCAGGCUCGAUCAAAAUCCUCUAAAUUGCGAUUGCAAAAUGGCUUGGAUAAUCGGUAUGAUGGAUACAAAUUCCCUUCAAGUAUCUGCUGACUGCUUGUUUCCCGUGGAAAUGUUCGGGAAGCCACUUAAAGGAUUAACUCCGAAGGAUCUUCAUUGUGUGCCUCGUAUUGAAGAAGGUCCUAGUGAUUGUCAACCGCAAUCAGGAGAAACAUCUGUAUUCAACUGCCUAGUGAAAGGUGAUCCAGAACCAACUGUUGUUUGGUAUAAAAACCAGGAGGUAAUAGAUGUGACAGAUAGCAAAUUCGAAAUUUUGAGCAACAAUACUUUGAUAAUAAGGAACGUGAAUCAAGCUGAUGAAGGAGUUUAUUCAUGUUCAGUCAAAAAUAUUUUGGGCGAUAUAAGCUCGAAGGCAGUGCGGUUAGUCUUAUCUCAAAAAACUUCGGAAAACUUUGGUCCACCGAAGAUUGAAGUGAAACCAUCCUCAGUUUCAUCCGCCCCUGGAACGCCUUAUGUUCAGCUCUUUUGCAGAGCUGUGGGUAAUCCUCGACCUAUCAUAACUUGGUCUUUCAAUGGAAUACAACUUUUACACUCCACCAAAUACAACAUAGACAAUGAAGGAACUUUGACAAUACGACCAGUAGAAGCGAAAGAUCAUGGAACAUAUACUUGCUCAGCCAGAAAUUCUUAUGGAAGGGAAACUGCUGAUGCCAAUGUAUUAUUGCAAUCCCCACCUAUCUUUUCCGCUCAACCAGAAAACGUUGAAGCCAACAUCGGCGCUGACAUCACACUAGAAUGCGUAGCAGUAGGUUCGCCAGAACCAGAGAUAAUUUGGUACAAGGACGACGUAGAAAUCGGUUCUACCGACAGGAUGUUCAUCCCGGUAGACGGAACAUUCAUUAAGAUCACAAACGCGCAGGAGGAAGACUCUGGAUUGUACAUUUGCGAGGCGAGAAACACACUGGGAUCAAGGGAAGUGAGCGCCGAAAUCAAAAUCAGCUCUCUCAAAUAUCAACCGCCAAGAUUCAAAUACAAACCCUACAACAUAGAGGCUUUUAUUGGUAGUUCGAUCGAGAUGCCCUGUAUGGCGGAGGGCGAACCAACUCCAGGUAUUCAAUGGCAGAAAGAUGGCGCAACCAUGCAGCGAACUGGGAGGGCAAAGACCUCCUUGACCGGAAGUCUUUACAUCAAUGAAGUCGGGCUGGAAGACCAAGGUCGUUACGAGUGCAUCGCGAUAAACGAUAACGGACGAGCUGCAGCUUCUGGAUAUCUCACCGUCAAAAAUGACCCAACCGCGAUAAAAAUUGGUGGUAUUGGUGAUCAAUACGUGAAAAUCGCAUUCUCUGAAGCUACCGAAGAAAUCGACAGAGCCAUCAACAACACCGUGAAAACCCUGUUUGAAACCAAAGGUCCACACAAUUCCGAACAAUUAUUCAGACUCUUCAGGUUUCCUGAUGCUCCCACCCGAGAACUGGCCAAGGCGGCUGAAAUAUACGAGAGGACCCUCUCGAACGUGAAAAAACACAUUGAUGCUGGAAUGGUUACCAACGCGACCAAAGAGUACCGCUACAAAGACAUUCUAUCCAAGGAGCAUCUAGAUCUCAUCGCCCAACUUUCUGGUUGCACAACACACAGGAAAGUUUUGAAUUGUUCAGAUACUUGCUUCCACAAAAAAUACCGAAGUAUCGAUGGGGCGUGCAAUAAUUUGGAUAACCCAACCUGGGGAUCAUCCCUGACACCAUUCAGACGUAUCCUGCAACCAAUUUAUGAAGAUGGUUUCGGAAAACCGGUUGGUUGGGAUAAAACGAAGAAGUAUUACGGUUAUCCGAAACCAUUAGCUAGACUCGUUUCAACCUCUAUCAUCUCCACCCAUCAAAUAACACCCGAUGAUCAGAUAACCCAUAUGGUGAUGCAGUGGGGGCAGUUUCUGGAUCACGAUUUAGACCACGCACUUCCUGCAGUUAGCUCGCAAAGUUGGGACGGAGUAGAUUGUAAAAAGUCGUGCGAAUAUGCCGCACCCUGUUUUCCCAUGGAUGUCCCACCAAAUGAUCCACGAGUGCGUAACAGGAGAUGCAUAGAUUUCAUUCGUACCUCAGCAGUCUGUGGAUCCGGUAUGACCUCAGUUUUCUUCGACGACAUACAGCCAAGGGAACAAAUCAACCAGUUGACCUCUUACAUCGAUGCAUCCCAAGUUUACGGUUACUCAGAGGAAUUAUCUAGAGCCCUCAGAGAUUUGAACAGUGAUGGUGGAAGGUUAAGAGAAGGUCCAGACUUUACUGGUUGGAAACCCCUCCUACCUUUCGCUUCCAAUGAAGGUAUAGACUGCAGACGUAAUUUAUCAGAAAGCGACAUCAAUUGCUUCGCUGCUGGAGACAUCCGCGUCAACGAACAAUCAGGAUUGAUAGCAAUGCAUACAUUAUGGAUGAGAGAACAUAAUAGAAUCGCUAGGGAGUUGAAAAUUUUGAAUCCUCAAUGGAACGGAGAGACCAUUUUCCAUGAAGCGAGAAAAAUUGUUGGUGCUGUCAUGCAGCAUAUCACUUAUAAGCAUUGGUUGCGUUUCAUUGUGGGUGAUGGUGGAUUGGAGAAAUUAGGGGAGUAUCAAGGAUACAACCCAAACAUCCAGGCCACAAUUUCGAACGUUUUCGCUACAGCUGCCUUGAGGUUUGGACACACCUUGAUCAACCCAGUUCUUCACAGAUUCAACGAGGAUUUCAAGCCUAUACGUGAAGGACAUUUGCCGCUGAGGUAUGCCUUUUUCGCACCCUGGAGAGUGGUCAAUGAGGGUGGUAUCGAUCCACUACUCAGAGGACUCUUCAUUGUUCCGGCGAAACUGAAGAAACCCACCGAAAAUUUGAACUCUGAGUUGACGGAGCAACUAUUCAGAACAGCUCACGCUGUAGCGUUGGAUUUGGCCGCGAUGAAUGUUCAGAGAUCUAGAGAUCACGGGCUUCCUGGUUAUAAUGAAUACAGGAAAUUCUGCAAUAUGUCGAACGUGGAAACUUUCGAGGACCUUCGUUCUGAUAUAAGCAACGAGCAGAUAUUAACGAAACUUCAUGAGUUGUAUGGACAUCCCGGAAACGUGGAUGUGUUUGUCGGUGGGGUUUUGGAGGACGUCGUGGGAGGAGGAAGGGUUGGACCACUAUUCCAAUGUCUUCUUCUCGAACAAUUCAAGAGGUUAAGAGACGGUGACAGGUUUUACUAUGAGAAUCCUGGAGUUUUCUCCCCUGAUCAACUGAACGAAGUGAAGAAAUACACUCUGAGUCAUAUUUUAUGUUACGAUGGAGAUAAUAUAACAAGGAUUACGGAAAAUCCUUUUAUACUCCCGGAGAAACAGGGUGGUUUCAUUGAUUGUUCAACUUUGCAACCUAUAAAUUUGAGACCUUGGAUGGAGAGAACACGUCAAGAGUGUGUUCUCUAAUUUUAUAGGAACAUCAAAGUUAUGCAAAAAAAAAGUUAUAAGAUAUUAAUUGUGAU